GGCAGUAGUGUGACACUCAGGCUGCCGUAAAAACCCAAAGAAGAAGAACGAGGCGAAAGAAACGUGAGCGCAGAGAAGUUUCUAAAUUCAUUUCAAUUCCAUAAAACACACGAAUCAUACGUUUCCUUGCUGUGUGUAAAAAUGCCACCAGGAUUGGAGAAAUGUCCGAGGAGGUUAUUAGUCGGUGAAAAAUCAAACUUCUUGAAUGAAGCAUCACGUCAUGAAGCACACGUGUCUAAACACAGCUUCAACUAUAAGAUUUCUUUACUUAUACCUGAAUGUGGAGUACUGCCUGCUGAGAUAGCAGAAGUUAUCAAUAAUUUCAGCUCAUAUUACCUUGUUCGGGAUCUACCAGUUUACAGAUUCCUGGAAGAGGACAUGCUUGAAAUAAUGAAGAAAGGCAGUUUUUAUGCGCUGUCCUACAAAACCCGACUUGAUGAAGACAAUGUUAUUGCGUUUUUGAGCAGAAAGUUGAUAUUAUCCCUUGAUAAGGACACAUACGAGCAGCUUGGCUUGGAGGGAAAACCAUCAUUAUACAAUCACAGAAAGCGUAUGAGAUAUGUUGUAACUGUGGACCUCGCAGAUAAAUCUUUGGUUCCUGGUGCAAAGCGAUACCAGCGAGUUCUGCUAAGUUUGAAAGAAAGAGUUCCACUGAGAAGUGACUUUCUUUUAACGGAUUGCCAUUCAGACCGAGAUGGACAUCUGAAGGUUCUCUUGUCUCAGUAUGCAUAUGAAAAGUGUAGGCCUACUCUUAGUACCCACAGUCUGAAAGAUCUGUUGUGCCCAUCACUUGACUCUUCAGAUCUUCAGGGAAAGAGAGUUUCAUGCACCCCAGAGCUCUUCCUGGAGUGGCUGGGGGCAGUCAACCUCAAUAUCAGCUGUGAAAACUCAGCUACAAGUUUCCUAUCCACGUAUGCAUGUCCAGAGCCAUGCAGUUCUGUGAGCCAGGCUCUGCUUUGCACGGUAACUGGACUCCUCCCUCCUGAAGACAUCUCUGCACUACUACAAGAGCUGAGAAGGUAUUUUGAUGCACCAAAGUUUGCAGUUUGGGUCUCUCUCACUGUGCACGGCUUUGUGGAUAGUCCUGUGUGCUGGGGAACGACAGAACAUGGUUUCCUCAAGGGGGGAGAAAACUUCUACAAUUUUGUUUGCUUCAGGAAUCAGGAUUACUGGUUGCACAUGGCUACUGGUGCACAUGAUGGCUGUCCACCUUGAUGAACUAUCCAUGGAUUGGAGAAAAAUUUUAUGUUUCUGACUUACGGAAAUUAUUUCCUGAAGACCUUUUUAUCUGUAUGGAAAUGAAAUUUUUUGUUUUAUAUAAUUAUGUACUGUAUUAUGUCUUAUUUGAACAAAGCAAAACCAAAUAAUAGUAAAAUCUUGCUAACAGAACACA